AUGGCGAUCGGGGAAGUUUCCUGGGGGAAAUCACGCGAGAGUUGUAGCACGCCUACAGUCCGUGAAUUGAGCCGGGGGUGUGGAGCAGCCAAGAUGGAGCCGGCAGCCGGCGGCCCCGGCCCGCUGAUCAUGAACAACAAACAGCCCCAGCCGCCACCACCUCCGCCACCGGCAACCGCGCAGCCUCCACCCGGAGCCCCGCGGGCCGGCGGAGGCCUCCUGCCCGGGGGCAAAGCCCGGGAGUUCAACCGCAACCAGCGCAAAGACUCGGAGGGCUACUCCGAGUCUCCAGAUCUCGAGUUUGAAUAUGCUGACACGGACAAGUGGGCUGCAGAGCUCUCAGAGCUUUACAGCUACACGGAAGGGCCGGAAUUCCUGAUGAAUCGAAAAUGCUUUGAGGAAGACUUCCGGAUCCAUGUAACAGACAAGAAAUGGACCGAGCUGGACACCAACCAGCACCGUACGCAUGCCAUGAGGCUCCUGGAUGGCUUGGAAGUCACUGCCAGGGAGAAAAGACUCAAGGUGGCUCGAGCAAUCCUCUACGUUGCCCAAGGCACCUUUGGGGAGUGUAGCUCAGAGGCAGAGGUGCAGUCCUGGAUGCGCUACAACAUCUUUCUGCUCCUGGAGGUGGGCACGUUCAAUGCUUUGGUGGAGCUUCUGAAUAUGGAGAUAGACAACAGUGCCGCCUGCAGCAGUGCGGUGAGGAAGCCGGCCAUCUCCCUGGCUGACAGCACGGACCUGAGGGUACUGCUCAACAUCAUGUACCUGAUUGUGGAGACCGUUCACCAGGAGUGUGAGGGUGAUAAGGCCGAGUGGAGGACCAUGCGACAGACCUUCAGGGCUGAGCUGGGUUCCCCCCUGUACAACAACGAACCAUUUGCCAUCAUGCUGUUUGGGAUGGUGACCAAAUUUUGCAGCGGUCAUGCCCCUCACUUCCCCAUGAAGAAAGUUCUCUUACUUCUCUGGAAGACAGUGUUGUGCACACUGGGCGGCUUCGAGGAGCUGCAGAGCAUGAAGGCCGAGAAGCGCACCGUCCUGGGCCUUCCCCCGCUGCCUGAGGACAGCAUCAAGGUGAUCCGCAACAUGAGGGCCGCCUCCCCGCCGGCGUCUGCCUCAGACCUGAUUGAGCAGCAGCAGAAGCGGGGCCGUCGGGAGCACAAGGCACUGAUAAAACAGGACAACUUGGAUGCCUUCAACGAGCGGGAUCCUUACAAGGCUGAUGACUCUCGAGAAGAGGAAGAGGAGAAUGACGAUGACAACAGCCUGGAGGGGGAGACAUUCCCCCUUGAGCGGGAUGAAGUGAUGCCUCCCCCACUGCAGCACCCUCAGACUGACAGGCUUACCUGCCCAAAGGGGCUUCCGUGGGCUCCCAAGGUCAGAGAGAAAGACAUUGAGAUGUUCCUCGAGUCCAGCCGUAGCAAGUUUAUCGGUUACACUCUAGGCAGUGACACGAACACAGUGGUGGGGCUGCCCAGGCCAAUCCACGAAAGCAUCAAGACUCUGAAACAGCACAAGUACACGUCGAUUGCAGAGGUACAGGCGCAGAUGGAGGAGGAGUACCUUCGCUCUCCUCUCUCGGGGGGAGAAGAGGAAGUGGAGCAGGUACCCGCGGAAACCCUUUACCAAGGCUUGCUUCCCAGCCUGCCCCAGUACAUGAUCGCGCUGCUGAAGAUCCUGCUGGCUGCCGCCCCCACCUCGAAAGCCAAAACAGACUCAAUCAACAUCUUAGCAGACGUCCUGCCUGAGGAGAUGCCCACCACCGUGUUGCAGAGCAUGAAGCUAGGGGUGGAUGUGAACCGCCACAAAGAGGUCAUUGUUAAGGCCAUUUCUGCUGUCCUGCUGUUGCUGCUCAAGCAUUUUAAGUUGAACCACGUCUACCAGUUUGAAUACAUGGCCCAGCACCUGGUGUUUGCCAAUUGCAUCCCUUUGAUCCUAAAGUUCUUCAAUCAAAACAUCAUGUCCUACAUCACCGCCAAGAACAGCAUCUCUGUCCUGGAUUACCCUCACUGCGUGGUACAUGAGCUGCCGGAACUGACUGCUGAGAGUCUGGAAGCAGGUGACAAUAACCAGUUUUGCUGGAGGAACCUCUUUUCUUGCAUCAAUCUGCUUCGGAUCUUGAACAAGCUGACAAAAUGGAAGCAUUCGAGGACGAUGAUGCUAGUGGUGUUCAAGUCGGCCCCCAUCUUGAAGCGGGCCUUGAAGGUGAAACAGGCCAUGAUGCAGCUCUACGUGCUGAAGCUGCUCAAGGUGCAAACCAAGUAUCUGGGACGGCAGUGGCGGAAGAGCAACAUGAAGACCAUGUCCGCCAUCUACCAGAAGGUGCGGCAUCGGCUGAAUGACGACUGGGCGUACGGCAACGAUCUUGAUGCGCGGCCCUGGGACUUCCAGGCAGAGGAAUGUGCCCUCCGUGCCAAUAUCGAACGCUUCAACGCCCGGCGGUAUGACCGAGCCCAUAGCAACCCGGACUUCCUACCUGUGGACAACUGCCUGCAGAGUGUCCUGGGCCAGCGGGUGGACCUCCCUGAGGACUUCCAGAUGAACUACGACCUCUGCGUCCUGCUCAGAGCAGCGAGCUCUCUGCGUGGGAUCCUCUCUUCUUCACUCAUCCCCACCCUCUUCUCUUGGACGUGGUCGGUUGCGGCUCAUUUCUCAGUCAGCCCAAGGCUGGGAAAAGCCUAGAUGGGCUGGGACGCCGUUGCAUCUGAGUUGCAGGGGCCACACUGAGGCUCUUCCUGAGACACACACAUCCUUGGAGUCUCAGCCGGCCGAGGAGGAGGGCUUAGCAUUAGGCCAGGGUCAGAAAGUCGGAAUCUUGGUUUUGCUUUGUGGGGUUUCUGAUGUCACUCCAGCCUCCUGCUUUCGUCCCGAGGCAAUUGCAGAGGCUCCUACAGCUGCCUCAGUACUUUGGUUUUGGACAGGGUUGGGGGGUAGGAACGGAAGCUGCCCUUAACCAGAGGUGCCAUUUUUCCUCUUGGCUUGCAGGGGUCUGUAAAUACCUAUAUAUAAAUCUCUGUGUAUUCUCUUGUGUCACGUUGGGGUUUUUAACGUGUUUGUGUAUUCUGUUUACAUUAAAAGGAAGCAAAAAUGA